AUCAAUCAUCUUCAAAUUCUUGUCAGACCUUUUGGAAUAGUAUAGACCUUUAGAAAGUACAUGUACAUGUAGUUGAAACAUCUAGUCUUUCAACUUAGUAGUUGCGUGCUUCGUCAAUCGCUGCAGUUCAAAUUGGUGGCAAAACAUACCGUAACUACAAGUCAAGUCAUUGUGCUUUCUAGUGCAUGUAGGAGCUUUCUAGAUCUAUUCAUAGAACAUUGCUGUUUUCUCUGGAAAAUUGAUUUCGAACCGUGCCAUCAGAAUGGCGUCGGAAAGAAGUGUUAAGCUAGAUCGAGCAUCCCAGCAAUGGCUGAAUGAUUGGUCGACAUUAGUGGAGGAGUAUCGCCGGAUCAAGGAAAGCCACCGGAAGCUCAAGUUGAUGCUUGAUGAUUAUGCCAAGCAUCCGACUAGAAUUGGCAAGCAAUUGAAAGACUUGAAGAACUCGAGAGCACGUGUCUCUGGCACGUCUUUUGCAGAAUCAGCAGAGCACCUUACGCAGCUGGAUCAGAUGGAAAAGGACCUCCUUGAGAUCCGUGCAACGCUACCGAAGCCAAAUCAUAUCAUAUUGCAGAUCGUCCUGGGUGAUCUGAACGUUCAAAUGCGUAACGAGAAGGAAAAGUUUGCGUACAAGGAGCAGUAUGAAGUUUUCAAGCUCAGAGUCACCAUCAUAACCUGCUUUCUAGCUAUUUCAUGCUUUUUGUUUCCAUCACGAACUUUGGAUGCCGUUCUACACUUCCUAUUCGUCUGGUACUACUGCACUGUCACCAUACGAGAACACAUUUUGCGUGCCAAUGGCUCCAGGAUCAAGGGAUGGUGGCUAAUGCACCACUACUUCUCUACUAUCAUCUCUGGUCUUCUCUUAGUAUGGCCGGAUGACGAUCUGAAUGCAGCCUUCAGACCAACUUUCAUCUCCUUCUCCAUGUACAUGGGGCUUACUCAGUUUAUACAGGCAUACUAUCAGCGCAGUUUCCUAAUCAAGCGUGAAACACUGAUGGGAAGCCGUGGCCGUGACAUAUCCACUGAUGGAGUUCGUGUGAAGACGCUUUCAGAUCUACGGUUUUUGAUCCCCUUUCUCUUUGGUGCUUAUAUCUUCCAGUUUUACAAUGCCUAUGUGCUGAUCACACUCUGGCAGUACACUCCGAGUGCGACAUUCCAUGUGGUAUCCUGUGGAGUGUUAUUCGCUAUUGUGGGUACCGGCAACCUAGCAACGACACUCAUGGUGCUCUGGACCAAGUACAAGCAAACAAAGAAAGCUUGAGCUGUACACCCAGUGACUUUCCAUUUGUAUAGCAGUGGUAUGGGUGUCUCUCCCAGACAUCAGAUUCACUGGUGUGUGCCUCUUCCCUGUAUUUUCAACCUCUGUGCCGUAACCCGUACAGUACACAGUGCACAGUUGGGCGGAACUUUUCUUGGCAGGAGGCCGAGGAGGGUGUUUGCUGUGAAUCCAACACGGAUUGCUCCUACAAUGUUUUGAAUCAGUGACUUCAGUGUUGAUGGAUGUUCAUCGAUGCUUUCCUUUCUCAUCAAUGGUGACCUUACAUUAUAGGCACUGCUUUCUUGUUUUGUCACAUCGUUAAAAUAUUCCAUCCGUCUAUUUUAAAAAAAAAUAUUUUUGUCCAUACCAUCCAUGGACACGUCAUCGAUUUCGACAAGUAGGUAUUUCUAUUAAUAGUAUUAUCCUUUUAAAGAUAUGCAUGCACACUGGACAUGAUGAUAAAGUCAGUCACUACUAAAACGUACAACACAGUUCUUUCUUUCAUUACCAUUGAAGUCUUUAGAAAGAGUCAAAGUCUUGCUAUGACUACUUCACAUACUCCCA